AUGGCUGCCCUCGUGCUGCUCGGGCUGCUCGCCGCGGCGGCCUCCUGCACCGGGAGUUUGGUGGAGGUGAACUCGGGCGUGGAGGUCUCCAGGGGUCGCUCGGUGUUCGUCACAGAGAAGCAGCUGAAGAUCAGCGUGGACCCGGGUGGAGACUGUAAGGUGGAGGUGGUGAUGAACGAAGCCGUCACUCAGAGGGUGGGCCGGCUCACGCCUCAGGUGUUCGACUGCAGCUUCCUGGAGGACGAGGUCAGAUACGUGCACCACGGGAGUCCCCUGCUGGACGAGGACACGGUGAUGCUCAGAGUCUACAGGUUCACGUCUUCAGACACGCUGGUGGAGACGCUGGUCCUGCAUGUGCGGGUCCUGGACUCGGGUUCUGCUGUGGUGGAGCUGGGCCUCGUUCCUCUGGUGGUUCCUCAGUUCUACGCUUUGUCCAACGCCAUCGACGGCUCCGUGCUCCGCAUCAGGACCAGGGGCGACCUGGUCUGCACCGUCCGGACCACGACCGGCGACACCCGGGUCCCGGCGCUGGGUCAGCUGGUGAGGGAGGAGGACGCCGCGCUGAGGAGAGGACGAGAGACGGAGACGCUCUGUCCUGGAAACAAACCCUGUCGUCAUCACACCACGGAGGUUCGGUUCCUGAAGACCAGCUGCCAGGACUUCCUGAGCUCCGGGCUGAAGUACCAGCACCUCAGUCCUCCAUCGCCGGAGAUCGACUACAUCUCCAUCCGGGUGGAGCUGAGGGAGCAGAGCACCCGGGCGCUGCUGGAGUCGCAGGCGGUGUGGUUACCGGUUCUGAUCCACGGUGCGAUGCAGAACCAGCCGCCCCAGGCCGCCUUCAUGGCCUCCUUCAUCCUGGAGGUGGACCAGUUCAUCCUCACCCCCCUCACCACCGCCGCCCUGGACGCCAGCGACCACGAGACGCCGCAGGAGAGGCUGGUUUUCAACGUGACCGCCCCCCCCGCUGAGGGCUACGUCACCCACUUGGACGACCACACCCGGCCCGUCGGCUCCUUCACCUGGCAGGACCUCCACGAGAUGAAGGUGGCCUACCAGCCGCCCAACAGCAGCCAAUCACAUCGCAGGAACUACGAGGCGGAGUUCCAGGUUAUAGACGGCUCCUAUAUGACCAGCCCCCCCAUCGUGGUGCACAUCUCCAUCAGGGUGGCGGAAACAAACGCACCCAGAGUCUCCUGGAACAUGGGUCUGGACCUGUUGGAGGGUCAGUCUCGACCAAUCACCUGGGAGCAGCUGCAGAUCGUGGACAACGACAACAUCGAGGGCGUCCACCUGGUGGCGGUGGACGGUCCCCUGCACGGUCGGCUCACUGUCAGAGACAGGAAGGCGUUCAUGUUCCGGGUGCAGGACCUCCGGGACGGCGUGGUGGUCUACCAUCACUCUGACAGCGACACCACCCGCGACCACGUCGUCUUCCGCAUCAGCGACGGCCGUCACAGCGUCCGACACAAGUUCCCCAUCAACAUCCUGCCCAAGGACGACGCCCCCCCGUUCCUCAUCAACAACGUGGCGGUGGAGGUGCAGGAGGGCGGCGCCGUGAGGCUGGAGGAGAUGAUGCUGCUGGCCUCCGACCUGGACUCCAGCGACGACUACAUCCUGUACCAGGUGGUGUCCCCCCCCCGGGCGGGGCAGCUGGUCAGGAAGACGUCCGCCCAGGAGGCAGGAGUUCCUGUGGACAGCUUCCUGCAGAGGGACGUGCUGCAGGGUCACAUGUUCUACCUGCACUCGGGAGACGAGCUGUUCGAGGACGUCUUCGACCUCACGCUGUCCGACAGCCACCAGCCGCCCAACCUCUCUCAGACAUAUACGGUGGUGGUCCACGUGUUCCCGGUGAAGGACCAGGUCCCGGUGGAGGUGCCCGGCAGCGUCCGCUCUCUGACGGUGAAGGAGACGGAGGUGGUGUACGUCUCUCAGUCCCACCUCCACUUCACAGACAGAGAGCAUCCGUCCUCCGACCUGAGCUACACCGUCACACAGCCCUGCUUCAGCCCAAUGCAUCCUGGGCUGAUGGACGCAGGACGUCUGUUCUACACAGACACCGCCAGCGCCAUGAGGAGGGACCACAUGGUGCCGGUGUUAAAGUCCUUCACACAGGUCUGCAGCACACACACACACACACACACACACACACACACAAUCCUUUAACACAGAAGCCCCCCCCCGUUCUCCCAGCAUGCAGUGAACCACAUGAAAGUGGCCUUCAUGCCUCCUGUGGAGGACAUCGGCCCGGCUCCGCUCUUCGUCCAGUUCGUCUUCUCCGUCAGCGACCAGCAGGGCGGCAGCGUCUCCGGAGUCCUCUUCAACAUCACCGUGACCCCCGUGGACGACCAGGCCCCAGAGGCCUUCACCAACCUGCUGCGGGUGGAGGAGGGCGGAGAAGCCUUCCUGACCGAGGAGCACCUCCUGGUCCGGGACCGGGACAGCAGCGAGGACGCGCUGAGGGCGGAGCUCCAGAGGACGACUCGCCACGGCCGACUGGAGCUGCAGGGACGGACGCUGCUGCAGGGGGACGCCUUCAGUCUGCAGGACCUCAGAGGACUUCGACUCAGGUACAUCCACGAUGACUCAGAGACCACGGGGGACGAGGUGGGUCUGAAGGUGACGGACGGUCUGAACUGGGCUCAGGUGGUUUUACCGAUACAGGUCCUGCCGAUGAACGACGAGCCUCCCCAGCUGGGAGGAGGUCUGCGGGGGGAGCUGAUCUGUGAGGAGGGGGGGCGGGUCCAGGUGACGCUGGACUACCUGUCGGCCACGGACCGGGACAGCGAGGACUCCAGACUGACCUACAUGCUGGCCCGGACCCCGGGGCGAGGCGAGCUGCAGAGAGCCGGACUGACGGUGGACAGGUUCUCCCAGCAGGACCUGCUGCAGGGACACGUGUACUACGUCCACACAGGAGGAGAGGUGGGACCCGAGCUGGUGCUGGACACCGUCACCCUCAUCGUCUCAGACGGCGAGGCCGGAGGGACAGACGGCUGCUGCCACGGGGACGCCCCCCCCCCACCUGUCCCCCUCCACGGCACGCUUCCUGUGUACGACCUCAACAUCGCCGUCCUCCCCGUCAACAACCGAGUCCCCGCCAUCACGCUGGGUGAGUCCCUGCUGGUCGUGGACGAGGGCUCCUCAGCAUGCCUGUGUGGGGGGGUCCUGGGGGCCUCAGACCCCGACAGCCCCGGGGACCAGCUGACCUUUCACCUGGAGACGCCGCCGCUGCACGGCUUCCUGGAGAACACGCUGCCGACGCCGGGAUCUGAGAAGAGCAACGCCGGCGUCCGAGUCGAAUCCUUCAGUCUCGUGCAUCUGACCUCUGGUUUCAUCAACUACGUCCAAUCUGAACACAAAGGGGUGGAGCCAACAGUUGACCAGCUGUCUAUUAGUGUGAGUGAUGGCUUGCAUCGCUCCGCCCACGUCCCCUUCUACAUCAUCAUCAAUCCAACCAAUGAUGAGACGCCUUCUCUGCUGCUCGCCAACUUCACCGUGAAGGAGGGGGGGAUCAGGGAGCUGACUCCGUCCAUACUGAGCGGUUUGGACCUGGACGCCCCUCAGGACCUCCUCAGCUUCACCGUGCUGCAGCCGCCGGCUCACGGGCGCCUGGUCACCGGCGCCGAGAUGAGCCGCUCCAAAGAGACGGGAGCCGACCUCCUGCAGGGGAGCCUCCCCGUCACCUCCUUCACCCUGGAGGAGCUGCGACAGGGCAUGAAGAUCAUGUACAUGCACGAUGACACAGAAACCCUGGAGGACGCCGUGGCUCUGCAGCUGACAGAUGGCGUCCACACCGUCCGGGGGACGGCUCAGGUCACCGUGCUGCCGGUCAACGACGAGAAACCACAACUGCUCAAGAACACUGGGCUGGAGGUGGACUCUGGAGAGCGGAGGGUGGUUUCCAGUGUAGCUCUGGAAGCCGAGGACAUGGACACGCCCCCAAACCAGGUGUUCUUCUUCAUCAACGCUGCACCGCGGUUUGGAACCCUGCAGCUCAAGACGGACUCGGGUUGGACCGAGCUGUCGGCCGCUCAGAACUUCACUCAGCUCGACGUGGAGCUGAACCGUCUGUGGUACCAACACAACGCCAACGCCGCUGGGUUCAAAGGUCACGACAGCUUCCGCUUCACCCUCAGCGACCUGGAGAACGAGGCUCCGGCUCAGAGCUUCUUCAUCUCCGUCCAGACUGUGCACAAAGGUGACAUCGUGCUACUGAGCAAGGCAGUGCAUCUGAGGGAGGGGCAGCGGGUCGUCCUCAACACCGACAUCCUGCUGGCGUCGGACACGGCCGGUCGUCCGGAGGAGCUUGUUUACACCGUGUCGCUGCCCCCCCGACACGGCCUCGUCCACGCCGUGCGGCGGCCGGGCGUCCCGCUGACCAGCUUCACACAACUGGACGUCACCGCACACAGAGUGUGUUACACACACGACAACAGCCACGACGGAGAGGCCGACUCCUUCAGCUUCGUGGUCAGUAAUGGCGUCUGGUCGCGCAGCGGCAGCCUCCACCUCAGCAUCGAACACGGGGACCGCAUCCCCCCCACCCUCAGCCUCAACGCGGGCCUCCGGCUGCAGGACGGGGCCACAGAGGUCAUCCCCCCCGAGCGGCUGCAGCUCACCGACCCCGACACCCCCCCCGCCAACCUGAGCUACAUCAUCACGCAGCCCCCCCGCUACGGUAAGCUGCUGCUGAGAGGAGCCCCCCUGACCCCCCCGCUCAGGUUCACCCAGAUGGACGUGGACCGGCGGGACCUGGCUUACCGGCACGACCCGGGCAGCCCGGCCCAGAUCGACAGGUUCCACUUCCUGUCCACUGACGGAACCAACAGAGGGUACCUGGAGUUCGGACAACUGAGAGAAGAGCCUGCUGUGUUCAACAUACAGGUGGACCAGGUGGACCGGACUCCUCCCAGUCUGACCACCAGAUGCAGCCCCAGCACGGUGGUGGAUUUGGGGGCGGGACGUUUCGGGAUCUUCAUCACCAGCCGACACCUGCAGGGGUCGGACCCGGACAGCCCCACCGAGGAGCUGGAGUUCUCCAUCAGCAGGCCUCCUCACUUCGGCUACCUGGAGAACGUCCUCACAGGGGGCUACAUCCGGGGUCGCUUCACCCAGCGGGACGUGGACCAGCGGGCCGUGGUGUUCGUCCUCCCGGCCGACGUGGAGGUGACGGCGGACAGCUUCGAGUUCCGCCUCACGGACCCGGCGGGGAACGCCAUGCUGCCGGAAGUAUUAGAGCUGUUCUGGUCUCGGGUGGACUUGUCUGCGACCUGCUACAGGACCUGUGAGACCUCGGGGACUCUUCAGAUCCAGAUCACACGCAGUGGGCGGAGCUUGGACCCGGCGUUCGUUGGGAUUCAGGUGGAGGAAGGUUCGGCCAAACUCGGAAGAGACUUCACUCACAGCUCAGCGUCUCUCAUCCAGUUUGACCCAGGCGUCAGUGUGAAAACCUGGAACAUCUACCUGAUGGACGACGGCCUGGAGGAGAACCACGAGACCUUCACCGUGGUCCUGAAGAACCCGAGGAACGCCGUCCUGGGCCAGAGGAGGUCAGCGAGCGUGGAGGUCAUCGACCCCCGAGGAGGAAGGUGCGACCCCGAGGAACUGGUGGUGGACGAGGGCGGGAAGACUCCGCCCCCUCGCCUCCCUGACCCCCCCACGCCGAAGGAGGGCGAGGACCCCGUCACCGACAUCGAGGCGGAGCUGAUGUGGGACAACCAGCCUCACCCUCCCAGAGGAGACGUCCCCGACCGCCGGCCCUACCUGGACUACGGAGACCGGGAGCCCCAGGACCAGGCGGGGCCCGGCCACGCCCCCCCCCACAGCAGGAGGCUGCCAGGGACGAGCGCGGCGGCGAGCGAGGUCGGACGUGGAGGGGUAAAGGUUCAUCUGUCAGGAGAGAGGACGCCUGGAGACAGAGUGUGGACAUUCCACAGUCUGACUCCUCUUCGUCUGGAGGAACUGAAGCCGGAGGACUCUGGGUCGAGCUGGCCUCACAGUCGCCCCCUGCAGGAGGGGAGAGGUGCCGACACUCCUCAGAUGGAUCAUCCAGCACCAGAGCUACGGCAGCACAAGUCGUUCAGCAGCUCGUGUCCUGAAGGUUGGACUCACUACAGGAGACGUUGUUACAUCAUCAGCUCGUCUGUGGCCACCUGGGCCAGCGCUGAGAGAACCUGCUCACUGCGGUGGAACAGCAGCUUGACGGGGGUGCGCUCCAGCAGAGACGAGGCGUGGCUGUGGAGGUUCUCCAGGAAGCAGCCGUUCUGGAUCGGUCUGUCUGCAGGUCCCAGGGGCUGGACGUGGGCGGACGGACGCUCGGUGUCCUUCUCCAGGCUGAGGGGGGCGCUGCCGAGCCGCACCGGCUCCAGGGACGACUGUGUGCUGGUUGAAAACCCCGGCAGCUGGAUCUCCACGAGCUGUUCGGCAGAAACUCAACACGCAUUCAUCUGUUCGUCUCCGUCUCUGAGACACGGAGGACACGGGGGACACGGGGGACACGGAGGACACGGGGGACACUGAGGACACUGAGGACACUGAGGACACGGGGGACACUGAGGACACGGGGGACACUGAGGACACGGGGGACACGGAGGACACUCACAGCCUCACAGUUAACAUCACAACGCUGCUCUGAACAUUCGUUUUCAUAUUCUUAUCACAAUAAAGAUGCUGUAGAAACAAACAUAACUAAAAACUGUGAGACAAAUAAUUUAAA